GACGAGGAUUUGCAUUUCAGCGGAAACAAAAGAUUGAAAGACAAUACAGAAAGUUACAGAGAAAGGGAAGAAAACUCCAUUCACAACAGGACAAUCAGUUUACUGAUACCUAUCCAGAGCACUUGAAACACCUUUAUCUAGCAGAGGAAGAAAUGCUUAAGAAGCGGCGCAGAGCUCUAGAUGAUUCAGUCUUAUCAGAAGAAAAGCUUAAUAAAGCAGUAGAGUCAGUUGUGACUGAAGGGAAGUUUAAGAAGAAAACAUCCAAUCAGAAGGCAAAGGAAGAGUAUGAGAAAAUAAAGGCUGAGCGUGCUAGAAAGAAAGAGGAAGCAGAAAAAAGACAACGAGAACGAGAAGCAGCUCAACAGUUGUACAAGCAAAAGAAAAUGGAAGCUUAUAAAAUAUUGAGUAAGAAGACAAAGAAAGGACAGCCAAAUCUGAACUUACAAGUAGAGUUUCUUCUUCAGAAAAUACAGCAAAAUACAUAAACCUCUGCAUAUAUUUGAGUAACUGGUGGACAUUUGAUUAAAUUACUUUUAAGAAAUAAUGUCUUUUUACUUUUAUAUUACUUUUGUUAUUGGCUUGAUUUCUCAUCAGUCCAGUAUUGAUAUAUUCAUCCUGAAAUGCAUAUUCUAUGCUGAGAGUGAGAGAGAUCUGGUACCUUGAAAACAAAUGACCUGUAUUUCUAAACUCA